AUGAUGACGUGCCGUCUGCUGUGCGCCCUGUUGGUGCUUGCCCUGUGCUGCUGCCCGUCCGUGUGUGUGACAGGCACUGGUAAAGAACAAGAUGGGGUCAACGGUUCAACGGCUGCUCAGCCACCGGGAGCAGGUGGUUUAGGGGCAAAAAAUACGUCCGCGACGUCAAGUUCAAAAGCUCCGGCCGUUGCGUUACCGUCAAAGAGUCCGGGGACCGGUACGGUAGAAAUUCCGGGGAACAAUGCGGAACAGCCACAUGGUAUGUCUGGUUUGCAAGGGGCAGGAGAUGCGGCGAACCUUAAUGGACAGGAACCAAUUACGGAGUCCAGUAGGUCAGACUCAGCAGAACCGACUGAAAAGCCACAGGAACGGGCACCAAUUUCCGGGACCGGUGGGACAGAGCCGCUGAAACAGUCCAGUACUGGACAGACACAAAGUGGAAACCCCACAUCACAAGCAUCAAGUGCGGGAACCGGUGUGCCAGGGAGUCCAGAUACACCAAGUCCGGGGCCUAUUCCAAAAGAGGAACAGGGACCAAGUGGGUCCGAUGGGUCAGGGUCGUCAGGUGGGUCGGUUAACCCAACUACAUCGUCAAGUUCCGUGACCGCUUCUGUACCGGCACAAAGUCAGAAGGAACAUGCGCCAACAACAACAACCACUACUACGACAAAAGCACCAACUACCACCACCACUACGACGACGGAGGCGCCAACCACAACGACCACCCGCGCACCGUCACGUCUUCGCGAAAUCGACGGCAGCCUCAGCAGCUCUGCGUGGGUGUGUGCCCCGCUGCUGCUCGCCGUAUCCGCGCUGGCGUACACCACUCUGGGCUGA